CGCCUCCUCUGCGAUACUAGUCCAGCUAUUGUGCGUCUUUCGGAGCAGCACUGUCCCGCCGUCAUGCGGAGAUUUCUGUCGUUUAAAAGGUUAUGUCAUGUAAGUACGUGGCUAUAUUAGUCAGUCUUCGUCAGCUACUGAUGUGUCUUCGUUGUAAAGUAUUUAAAAGGAGCACAGGGACCGAGUUGGAACUGGUUAAGUACUUCAUCGGCAUGGGACAGGAGGACUGAGAUUCCACGUUAGAGCUGGUGUGUCGCCUGUUUCCUCCUAAUCUGGAGUUUCUACGGGAAAUAAAAAGGUGGAGAGAGGAAAAAGAUCACAGGACGCAUGUAGCCGACGCACAACGCUGCGGAGGUUGGAAUUAAGGCUUGACGAUGGGUUGCGUCAGAAGCAAAGAGGCCAAGAGUUCGACGUCAAAGUACGGACCCGUUGACUUAAAUGUCACGCCAUUCAACGAUCGCACAAGCCAGUAUGGGCCAGAGCCCACCUUGAUGUGUCAUACAGCUGCUGUAAAGGCACAGAAUAACUCUUACAAUACCCAGACUGCUGCCCUCACACCUUUUGGUGGGUCAUCUACUUCAGCAGGUGUGCCAUUCAGUGGAGCCCCAACCUUCCAUCCAGCGGCUCGGGUCAACCAAUUCUCCAAUGCAGUGACGAUGUUUGUUGCACUGUACGAUUAUGAAGCAAGGACCACUGAUGAUUUGUCUUUCAGCAAAGGGAAUCGCUUUCAGAUUAUCAAAAAUGAUGAAGGGGACUGGUGGCAGGCCCUCAACCUGAACACAGGAGACGUGGGCUACAUCCCCAGUAAUUACGUGGCUCCAGCUGACUCCAUACAGGCUGAAGAAUGGUACUUUGGUAAAUUGGGUCGUAAAGACACAGAACGUCUCUUGUUGUAUCAGGAGAACCAAAGGGGCACUUAUUUGGUUCGAGAAAGUGAGACGACAAAAGGUGCUUACUCUUUGUCUGUACGUGACUGGGAUGAUGCGAGGGGAGAGAACGUCAAACAUUACAAGAUCCGCAAACUGGAUAACGGUGGUUUCUACAUCACCACGCGGGCCCAGUUUGACACACUACAGAAACUGGUGAAACACUACAAAGAGCAUUCAGACGGUCUGUGCUGCAGGCUGACGACUGUGUGUCCAAUACUAAAGCCUCAAACUCAGGGACUAUCGAAAGAUGCCUGGGAAAUCCCACGAGAAAGCCUCAAACUGGAAGUCAAACUGGGACAGGGCUGCUUCGGGGAAGUCUGGAUGGGCACAUGGAACGGUACUACUGAAGUGGCGAUCAAGCUACUAAAACCAGGGACCAUGUCUCCACAGGCUUUCCUGGAGGAGGCCCAGGUCAUGAAGAAACUGAGACAUGACAAACUUGUGCCUCUUUACGCCGUGGUGUCCGAGGAGCCAAUAUACAUCAUUACUGAGUUUAUGACGCAUGGUAAUUUGCUGGAUUAUAUAAAAGAGGGAGAGGGAAAAGUACUGAAGCUACCCCAGUUGUUGGAUGCGGCCUCACAGGUCGCAGAAGGCAUGGCCUUCAUUGAGAGGAUGAACUACAUCCACAGGGACCUCAGAGCUGCAAACAUCCUGGUAGCUAACAACUUGAUUUGUAAAAUCGCUGACUUUGGCUUGGCUCGACUCAUCGAGGACAACGAAUACACAGCACGUCAAGGUGCUAAAUUCCCCAUUAAGUGGACGGCUCCUGAAGCAGCUUUAUACGGACGUUUCACGAUCAAAUCAGACGUCUGGUCAUUUGGGAUCGUUCUGACAGAGCUGGUGACGAAGGGCAGAGUACCUUACCCUGGUAUGGUGAACCGAGAGGUACUGGAGCAGGUAGAGCGAGGUUACCGGAUGCCCUGCCCCCCGGCGUGCCCCGAGUCUCUCCAUGACUUGAUGCAACAGUGUUGGAAGAAGGAGCCAGACGAAAGACCGACCUUUGAAUACAUCCAGUCCUUCCUGGAAGACUACUUUACAGCUACAGAGCCACAAUACCAGCCUGGAGACAUCAUCUAAAAGUAGCCAUGAUGAACGCUUUACUCAUCAAGGUACAUCAGUGGAGGUGGAACAUUUUAAUGAGGCUGUGUAGUUUUUAACUACUUGGCAGUGGUUGAAGAUGUUUGUCCUGCGUGCACCUCCAGACCAAGAGAGCAGAUGGGUGCUGGUAUCUUAAGAGCCUCAACACUGUGAUCAGAGAGUGGGACCUCAAAUUUAACUUUUGCAGAGUUUUUCUUAAACUUUUCAAACAAACUCCACACCUUCCUGUAAUUUCCCACUUUUUAUGUUUGGUUUUAGUUCAAACAAAUCUUAAUAUGAAUCUCGACCUUUCUUAUAUGUUUGGCUUGAUGUAGGUGGAUGAGGAUGUGUGUUUAUGAGACCGAUAACUGUGGUUAAACUUGUCAGGUACGUGCUGUAAAGGCGUGUGUGAACGAAUAAAGGUCAGCUGUGUGGAUGCAAGAGUGUACUGGGAUCUGAGCAGAUGUACAGUUUAUGAAGAGAGUAUUUUUAGCAAGUGUGAUCAAUGAUAAAAACAUGUUUUGAUUGUUUUUUUAACACCUUCACUUCGAUGAAAAACAAGGUUUAUUUUGCUUUAACUGUUUUAUUUAAUUUGACUUUAAAUUGCAUUUUAAUCUAUGGCAGGUUUAUUAUAUCAACUUAAUGAAAGUUUAGAAGAGGGUGCUUUAGCCAAACAAACAAAAAGUUUAUUUUUGGUACAUAACUGAAGGGAUUAACUUUUUAAUUACACACACCCACAUAGUUAAAUGUCAAGCCUAGUAAUAUCUUAGUUAUAACAUAUUUGGAUUUUUUAUUUUAAUCAGUAAAAAGUUUCUUUUUUUUUUUCUUCCUACUUUCUUUUUUUUUCUUCCUACUUUUCUGUUUAUCAAGAAAAUGAACCUUCUGGUAGACGAGGCUUCCACACAAGCACAUCAUACACACUGGUUAAAGCAGGGCUGUUGUAGAAACUAGAAUAUUAAAAAUUAUUUCUCAGAGGUACCUCCAGUUUCUUCACGCUUCUUUCUUUUUCUAAGCCUGAAAAUUAAGACUAUGGGAAGAAAAAUGUGUAAAAAAAAUUUCCCUGCCUGUCUAUUUUAAGCGGUUUGUUUCAGGAAACGGAGACUUGGAACUAGUGGGGACAUAAAUAAUGAACUGAGAAUGGUAACUAAUAUGAUUUUGUACAGAAUAGAAUAAAAUAAAUUUUAAAUUAA